CACCACCAUCAUCUUACGUACCUACUCGUCCUUCGUUUCCACCAGGGCCUGGUGGGCCUAGCUUUCCAUCUGCAUCCUCGUACUCCUCAAUGUCCUCCUACCCCGGUGGACCAGCUUUUCCGGGCACCGGUGGGCCGCCAUUCGAUCCAGAUAACAAGGGAUCGACAUGGUCAACCUUUCCUGGACAAAAUGCUUACCGUCCAGCACAGGGACCAUACAGCCCUGCGCAAGGCCCUCAAUUUCCAGGAGCAAGUUUUCCAAAUGCUUCACCUAUGCAAUUUCCCCAAGGUCCCGGCGGAGAAGGGGGUUUCUUCGGCAUGCCUAAUCCUUCAUCUGAUUACAAUCCUUCAUAUCACAAUUCCUCGUAUUCUCAGCCUUCUUCACCUCCUGUUCAUGGUGGGAGCCCUUGGAUGCCCGGACAAUCGGGGCCGCCUCCUAUACCCCCGCGUCCAUCAAAUUAUGCUCCGUAUGCACAGCCAGGACCAAAUUAUGCUUCGACGUCCUCCUCGGGAUCCAGUGCGUUUGAUUUUGCUUUAAGCGCAGUGGAUAAGGUCGCCGGUCGUAAGGCGAGAGACCAACUUGAAACCGGCGUGGGUAGUGUUUUCCAAUCCGGUAACAAACUCUUCAACAAGUUGGCCAAAUAACGACGUCAGGCCCUUUCUAUCGCUUUUUUGUUGCAUACGCCUGCCUCGAACAAUUCGCGAUGUUGUAAUUAUAAUUGAUAAAUGAUU